GGCGGCCUCGCCUUCCCCGCCUCUUUCCCUCCUCGCCCGCCGUGUCUGGGGCGGCGGCCGGCCCGCUGCGGAAAUGGGGCGGCGGGUUUCGAACUGCGGACGUUUCCCUCCAUGUUGGAGGCGCGCGGCGGCGGGCGCCUUUGUCCGGUCGCCGAGCGCCGGGUGCCGGACGCUGCAGCUCGUGGCUGCGGACUGGGUCGCUGCACGGGUCCGGCCUUUCCUUGGCUCUGGCCCCGGUCGUCUCAAAAAAAAUAACCAACCAAUCAAAAAGCAAAAAGAGAAACCCCACGCACUUUUGGACCGGUAGCAAUUAGUCUGCUGCGACACGAGCUGCUUCCCCCUCCCCGGUCCCCCUUUUAAGACUAAUUUCAGAAAAUGCCGAGUAGGAAGUUUGCUGACGGUGAAGUGGUAAGAGGUCGGUGGCCGGGGAGUUCACUUUAUUAUAAAGUAGAGAUUCUGAGCUAUGAUGGCAAAUCUCAGCUCUACACUGUAAAAUACAAAGAUGGAACUGAGCUGGAACUGAAGGAGAGUGACAUCAAGCCUUUAGCUUCCUUUAAACAAAGGAAAAGUGGCUCAACGUCCAGUUCUCCCUCCAGACGUCGGGCGAGCAGAGGGAGUCGAGGAAGUCAGUCAAGGUCACGGUCACGGUCUCGGUCCCCUGGUCGGCUACCUAGGAAUUCCCGAAGAUCUGCCUCUGCUUCACACCAGCCUGACAUAAAGGAAACCCGGAGGGAAAUAUUGGAAGUUAAAUUGACUCCACUGGUGUUGACAGAGAAGUUUUAUUUGCAAAGUAACCAGGCUGUUAGCAGGGAGCUGCGUAGCGAGCGGAGCAGUCAGGACGUGACCUGUCACCCCGUGGGAUUGCGAACGAAGUCUUUUGGAAAUAGUAUCAGCAGAUACAAUGGGGAACCAGAGCACGUGGAGAAGACUGUGGAGAAGAAUGACCUACCCCCCAAGAUCAUGCAGGAAAAAUUCCAUUUGCCACAAGAAAGCAGUUACAUAUCUACACAGUAUAGCCUUCGUCCUAGAAAAGAAGAGAUCAAAGUAAAAGAAGCAGAUUUUAAGGAGGAGGAAGUUGUCACAAAAAGACCUGCUCUGAUGAGGACCGUUGAAAUGAGCCCCGCCCAGAGGGAGGACCAGGAGUUUGGAGGAGCCCCUGGUGCGUUCUUCAUCAUGAUCGGCCUGCCUGUCUUCCUCUUCCUGCUGUUGCUGAUGUGUAAACAGGAUGAGCCCAGUCUGCUGAACUUCCCUCCUCCUCUGCCAGCGUUGGAUGCUUUAUGGGAAACCAGGGUGUUUGGGAUCUACCUGCUCUGGUUUUUUGUUCAGGCUCUGUUCUAUUUGCUGCCAAUUGGGAAGGUCGUAGAAGGAACGCCUCUUAUUAAUGGAAGAAGACUGAAGUAUAGAUUAAAUGGAUUCUAUGCGUUUCUCCUGACCUCUGCAGGCGUUGGUGCAUGCCUCUUCUGGGGCAUAGAGCUGCGUUACCUGUACAAUCACUUCCUGCAGUUCACCCUUGCAGCGACGGUGUUCUCUGUGCUCCUGAGUGUUUAUCUCUACGCACGCUCUCUGAAGGCGCCCAGGGAGGAACUGUCGCCCAACAGCUCUGGAAAUGCUGUCUAUGAUUUCUUCAUUGGCCGUGAAUUAAAUCCUCGAAUUGGUACUUUUGAUCUCAAAUACUUUUGUGAAUUACGCCCUGGAUUGAUUGGAUGGGUGCUCAUUAACUUGGCGUUGCUUUUGACUGAAAUGAAAUUAUACAACCGUACCACACCAUCCUUGGCAAUGAUCUUGGUCAACGGUUUCCAGCUCUUGUAUGUGGUAGAUGCUCUCUGGAAUGAGGAAGCGGUACUGACGACCAUGGAUAUCAUCCGUGAUGGCUUCGGCUUCAUGCUGGCUUUUGGAGAUUUGGUGUGGGUUCCAUUUAUCUACAGCUUUCAAGCUUUUUACUUAGUCCAUCAUCCUAAUGAAGUGUCUUGGCCAGUGGCUUCUUUCAUUAUCGUUCUGAAACUUUCGGGGUAUGUAAUCUUCCGAUGUGCAAAUUCUCAGAAAAAUGCAUUCCGGAAAAACCCUGCUGAUCCCAAGCUGGCACAUUUAAAAACAAUUCACACUGCAACUGGGAAAAGUCUUCUUGUCUCUGGCUGGUGGGGCUUUGUUCGCCACCCCAAUUACUUGGGCGAUCUCAUCAUGGCCCUGGCAUGGUCUCUCCCUUGUGGCUUUAAUCACGUUCUGCCUUAUUUCUACGUCAUUUACUUCACCAUCCUGCUUGUGCACCGUGAGGCCCGUGACGAGCGCUGCUGCAGGAGGAAGUACGGCUUGGCCUGGGAGAAGUACUGCCAGCGCGUGCCCUACCGGAUCGUGCCGUACGUUUACUGAGUCCGCUUGGAGACUCCAAAGCGCCUGUGAUUCUGGCCUCCAUUUACAAAGAAAACAAAUUCCAAAAUGAACUUUGUUUUGUUGCACUGAGGGGCUCUGUGUUUUUUUGAGACAGGAUUAUAGAGCCAAGUAGCAGAUGUUAGAUUAUAGCUGUAUUAAAAUUUUUAACAGGAAAAAUACAAAAUGAUAGCAUUUUAUGGGAAAUUUUCAAUCCUUAAAAAUCUAAAAACAAAAGUCUUAUAAAUGCACUUGAAUAUCUUUCUGGUUUUUGAUUUACUUCAAAAUUUACUUUUGCUAGGUUUUCCAUAAAAACAUUGUUACAUUAAACAUGUACAUUUUAUUGCAUUAAUAGCAUUUUUAUUCAUCUAUUAUGUGAUUUAAAUUUAAAAACUGGUCUGCUGAAUCCUAUAUGUGAAAAGUGAUGCGAGAUAUUAGUAAACAUUGUUUAAAGGAAACCAUUGGUAGUAGUUAGCUUAACUUCAGCUUCUAGAACUGCAUUUGAAAAUGUAAAUAGAGCAUAUACUUUUAUGUAAUAUAUGGUAACUUCAGAUUUUUCUGUAUAGUAUUUUGAAUGUGAGAUGAUUGUCAGGACUAAAGAUCUUUAACAAAAGCAUUUUCAGUAUUUUAAAUUGUUUUAUAGAAUAACUUGUGAAUUUACAAAUUUGAAGCAAUUACAAUUCAUAUUGUAUAGAAGAUGCUGUUAAAACAUAGGAAGGAUAUUUUUCUUGUUCCAAAGUUUGUGAAUUCGGCUUUGCUACCUCAAUUGCAGGUGUGUUUGCCUUUAUAAUAACUGUUGCAGAUAGAAAAAAAUAAAAAAAUAUAUUUUUCAAGUAACAUCAUUAUUUAAACAUUUUUACACACAUUGGUAUUUGAAAAUUUUGCCAUUUCAGGCUAAUAUUUUUAUACCUUUUUGACUUUUUAAAUUCAGUGUUUUUGCUACUGUUUAACUCAUGCAGUUUAUACUGUAUUUUGUAAAUUCUUUAUAUUUACUGUCUAUGUAAGAGGUUAGUUUUAAGUCACUUUGGUCUUGUAAGUUUAAUAGUUAAAGCUACCUUAUGUACAUCUAUUAAAUUCUGGUAAAGUUGAUGCAGUCUCAAUCUAAUGGAACAGUAGCAAAUUCACUUAACUUUUACAUUGAGAGUUAAAUUGCUCUCAGUAUCUUUUACAGAAAGGGGAGCAUAAUACAUAGUGUAUGUGGGGUUUUUUAAUUUUCUGUAUGAGCCGUUGGGAUAUGCAAUGUUCAUCCUGCACUGCCAUUUGAAGUGUAUGUAACUUACCUUAUGUAAAUGUGAUCAUGACGUUGGCUUGCUCUAGCAGUCUGCAUCUUACAAUCCCCAAACGUUGUUUUGGUGACAUUGUCGGCGAUUUAUCUGUACCAAUAUAUGCAAGCAGCUGUUUUAUGCUUUUCUUGGGGCAUUGGAAAGGGAUAUCCCAGCAUGUUCUGGACCAAACUCAUCAAGGAUGCUUUGACAGAAGACAAGGAUAUUAAAUUCCUUCCCUGGUAACAGAGAGCCUGUUAACACCAUGCUGCCAUUUCUGGAUCUCCGCUACAGUUGGUUUUUAGUUUUGACAAGCUUUUUAAGUGAGAAAUAAAGUUGCAAAUAAAAAUGUUGCUUUGA